AAUUUUUAAAAAAAAAUCUGUCUUCAUUAAUCUUUCUGAGUUCUUUACAUGGCAACACUUUGCUCUCUCAAGCAAAAAAUUAUUUUUUUUAGGUUAGAUUCCCUAGAGUGGAAACAGGCCCUUUGGCCCAACAAGUCCACACCAACCCUCCGAAGAGUAACCCACCCAGUCCCUGAGGCACUGUACUUCUCAACUAAACGUUCGAGUCGACCGAGGGCCAGGGAUCUAUACAUCAGAAUUCAAAACUUACCAGGGCCCGCUGGUGAGAUCAAGUGCCCAGACCCGGAGUCCGAUUUCUAUCCCUGGCCCUAAUUGGUUUAGUGUGUCAAUCGCAGGUUUGACUUUUUUUUUUGGCCGAAGAAGAUACUGUAUUUGCCAGACUUUACCUCGAUUUACACUUUAUUAAUAAUUAGGCGGAUCAUUCGGAAAGUGACAAAAAUCACAGCUUGGCGCUGAUUCAGAAAAAAAAAAUUGAGAACAGUUCCGUUUGAACUACCCUGCCCUGGAUUCCUAUUAUGCAUCUGUUCUCAGUUUUUGUAACCAGUUGACACAGCCGGAGAAAUCCAAUAUUGUCGAUUACUUCCUACCAGGAAACAUUCCUCAGUUUUGGAGAGCACAUCGAAACGUAUUUGCUUUACUGAUGGUAUAAAAACCGUCUGAGCCGCACCUACAGCGGAGUUUUUGGCAAGAUUAUUGUUUUUUUGUGUGACCUGUCGAUGGCGCUCCAAGUUGCUUGAAAGGUGACCAAGAUUGAGAUAGGGUUGUCGUUUUUGAGUGGAGGAUCAAAAAUUGUGUAUCUAAUUGGUUCCCGUGUGCUGGACUGGCUCCUUACCUGAGAGUGGGUGGAAAAAGCGUCUUGAAGGAGGGUCUUAUGUUGGACGCCUACUUCCUGCUUCAGCAGCUUUCCGACGUGCUAUUAGUUGUGAGCAGGGGAAUGUGAAUCGGCUUGGGAAAGCUACAACAUUAAUGAGAAGGAAAAAGAGCGGAUGGUUGAGUGAAAGUUGUUUUUGGCUACCUCAUGCUGGGAUCUUUUUUAACCUGUGUUCAGAGUUUUCCUUUGAAAUUUGACCAUGGCUCUGAGUAAAGGAUUCCGAGUGUUUCAGAAGCAGGAACCCGGCGGCAGCAGUGUGUUGCUGGAGUCCAGGAGUCGUCAGGAUUGCCUCCUCUUCGAGGCUGGGGCUGUGGCCAUUCUCUCAUCUGAGGAGAAGGAGAUUGUGAAGGGUCAAUUUCUGAAAAUAAUGGAUGCAUAUGGCUGUCUGGGAGUACUUUGUAUAAAGAAUGGUGACUCAAGACUCUGCUUUCUGGUUCUGGUGACAGGCUGUGUAUCUGUAGGGAGGAUCCGUGACACUGACAUAUGUAAGAUUACCACAACAGAUUUUGUUCCACUUCAAGAAGAAACAACAGAUGAAGAACGAAUCACUGCCUUAAGGAAACUGCUGAACUCUGGGAUGUUUUAUUUUUCAUCAGCUUCUGGUUCGACUUUUGAUCUUAGUCUGUGUGCACAGAAGCUGUAUGCAAAAGACCAUGAGGCGGGAAUCCGAUUUUUCUGGAAUCGCACUCUACAUGUACAUCUCAAGCAGUACCAAGUGAACUGCUCAGAUUGGCUGCUGAAGGUGAUCUGUGGUGCAGUAGAGAUACGUACGGCCUAUGCUACAGAAAAAAAGGCAAAGGCCUGCCUGAUAUCACGGCUCAGCUGCGAGCGAGCUGGCACCGGCUUCUUCGUAAGAGGAACUGAUGAUGAUGGUCAUGUGUCCAACUUUGUUGAAACAGAACAGGUAAUUUACUUGGAUGAUGCAGUGUCUUCCUUUGUCCAGAUACGAGGUUCAGUCCCAUUAUUUUGGGAGCAGCCUGGAAUACAGGUUGGCUCUCACCAGUUACGACUCACCCGUGGUAUCGAAGCUGAUGCUCCUGCUUUCGACAGGCAUUUGAUUUUGCUGAGACAGCAGUAUGGGAGUCAAGUCAUUGUUAACCUGCUAAGAAUUAAAGGAGGAGAGGAGGUUCUUAGCAGGGCUUUUAAGAAACUGAUGUGGGCCUCUGCUUAUGCCCCUGACACGCCAAUGAUACAUUUUGACUAUCACCAUUGUGUGAAAGGAGGGAAGGCGGAGAAGCUGCACUCAUUGCUAAAACCUCAGCUGCAGGAACACUUGGAAAACUUUGGCUUCUUCACCAGUGGUGAGCAGAUAUGUCCCUGUCUGCAGUCUGGAGUGCUCAGAACAAAUUGCCUUGAUUGUCUGGAUCGGACAAACAGUGUCCAGUCUUAUGUGGCAUUGGAGGUUUUGUACAGCCAGCUGGGGAGCUUGGGAAUGGCUGUUAAGAAGACAGUAGUGGAGCGUUUUGUGGAAUUUUACAAGACAAUGUGGUCAUUAAAUGGACAUAAUUUAAGCAAGAUCUUCACAGGAAGUCGUGCAAAAGAAGGAAAAACGAAGGUAAAAGAUGGAGCACGUUCUGUAUCCCGAACAAUCCAGGCCAAUUUCUUUGGAGCUAAACAAGAAGCUAUUGAUUUGCUCCUCGUGGGGGAUUUUUAUAGUGAGGAUUAUGCAGAUAAGGCAAGGGUGUUGAUGGACAGCAGUGCACUUUUCACACCUCCUGGGAUUUUGGAAGCUAUGUGUGAGCGACAGAUAGAGUACACUAAUGUCAAGAGCACUCGCGUCAGCAUUGGCACAUGGAACGUAAAUGGUGGUAAACAGUUCAGAAGCAACAUGCUGAGUACUGCUGAACUUAGUAGUUGGUUACUUGAUGCUUUCAAACAGAACAAAACAUCCAAAUUCCAGGAUAAUGAGAGCUGCCCACCAGAUAUCUUUGCUAUUGGCUUUCAGGAAAUGGUGGAACUUAAUGCAGGGAACAUUGUUAAUGCUAGCACAACUAACAAGAAAAUGUGGGCAGAACAGCUUCAAAAAGCAACAUCUAGAACACAUAAAUACAUCCUGCUGUCAUCAGGCCAACUUGUUGGUGUCUGUCUGUAUAUCUUUGUCCGACUCCAUCACGUACCCUACAUUCGAGAGGUUGCCGUGGAUAGGGUGAAGACUGGGAUGGGUGGAAAGACUGGGAACAAAGGAGCAGUAGCACUUCGUCUGCAGUUUUACAGCAGCACACUCUGCUUCAUCUGUGCCCAUCUGACAGCUGGACAGUCACAAGUGAAAGAAAGAAAUGAAGAUUAUAGAGAAAUCAUGCAGAAACUCAGCUUCCCAAUGGGAAGAAAUGUUUUCUCCCAUGACUAUGUAUUCUGGUGUGGAGAUUCAAACUUCCGCCUUGAUCUUCCACAUGAAGAAGUCCUUCACCACAUUAAAGGACAGGACUGGAAAACUCUUCAGGCCUAUGACCAAUUGCAACAUCAGAAGACUGAGAAUAAAAUUUUCAAAGAUUUCUUUGAAGGUACCAUCAAUUUUGCUCCAACAUACAAAUAUGAUGUGGGCACAGAUGUUUAUGACACCAGUGACAAAUGCAGAACUCCUGCUUGGACAGAUCGAGUGCUGUUGUGGAGAAAAAAUUGGUCCUGUGAUACAUUUGGGAUCGAUUUAAGGGGAUGUGAAUAUGAAGCUGGGACAGAAGAGAAGAAAAUGUGGCCUCCUGCUGAUUUGCUAUAUUAUGGGAGAGCAGAGUUGAAAGCCUCUGACCAUAAGCCUGUGUUAGCUGUCUUUGAAGUGAAUAUUCAGGAAGUGGAUAUUUUUGCACGUGAGCAAGUAUUCCAGGAAAUCACGUCUUCCCAGGGGCCAUCGGAUGCGACUGUCGUGAUAUGUCUUAAAGGACCAACCAAUGGAGAAAGGGAAGCCUUUUCGGAUAAUCUAAGCAAUGAAAUAAUUAAUUGGCUCCAGAGUUAUGGCAAUAUUUUGUUGGUAAGAUUUGAUCACGGACAGAUGUUGGUAACUUUUCAGGAUAGUCGGAUGGCUCUGAAAGUUUUGGAUCUAGAUGGAAAAAUGGUUAACGGCAGAGUGGUGUGUAUAAAACCCCGAACAAGAAACUGGCUUAAUAAUCUACAUGAAGAAAUUAAUAUAAACAGAAACAGUAUUGCACCGAUGUCUCCGACUGCAAAUUCUUGCCUGCUUGAAGAAACUUUUGAUUUUAACAGUCUGGAUUAUGAUACUGAAGGUAAUUCAUAUGCCUCAUGUGCAAAAUUACUACCAAAUGAUACUAAAAAUGCAGUGAUAAUGUGGAUAUUGAUGUGCCAGAAUGCCAGUUGUCACAACACAGGUUCCUACGCAAUACGUUCAGAACUUCAGUAA